ACCUGGGAUCUACCUGAACCCGCACCUUCUACCUGAUCAAGUUUCCCAGGUUUACUGGCCCCUUCUUGCACUUCACCUCGACCUUGCCUGCCUGUUCUUUCUUCCCUCGCUCUUCCUCUCCCCCGCACCCUUCCUUCACCUUCGUCUCAGCUCUGUCUGGUCAGCCAUCUUGUUGCGCAAAAAGUCGCAUCGCAUAUUCGGCGCGCGCUCUUUUGUCUCACUGCAAUAUCCAGCACAUAUUCAGCAGCAAUACUGACGGAAUCUUCACCCAAACAGUCUACCAUCGACUUACCCCACGACAAACGAAACCACACGUCUUUCUUUAGUCUCGAGAUACCCCGGCGCAUUACGCGAGCCCUUGCGAUCACAGUACCCCCUCGUCGUACCGACCAAUACCCGAAAUCUCACAGCGUAUGAUGGCUGCUGAGGUAGCAAAGGACCGAUCUGAUGAUGCAACACACGUAACUUCCGAGGCCGAGCCUACUAUCAAGAUCGAUGCCCCGGACGCGCAGAAUGCUCCACUCGACCAGUCGCAAGUACAAGGCGAAAGUGCCACCCCUGCUACGGAAGAGAUUGAGAACAAGCACAUAUCCGACAUCGCGAAUGAAGUGGUAACCUCAGCCGAAGUCAGUGUUAGCGGAGGAUCAGACAAUGAAGCCGCGAAAAGCAAGGACGACAAGCCCCGCAGUUCUUCUUCGACUGUCAAGAAGCCCAUUGCCUUCAAGGCCAUCAAUGUCAACCAAAAAUUUCUCACUACAAAGGCCACUACACCGGCCGCCCCUGCCAAGGUCGCUGAGAAGCCCGCGGCGACAACGACUCUCAGCUCUACCCAUGGAAGUCUGACACCUCGGCCCAGGCUCAUCGCAAAGACGGGAAGCGGGGCUGUCAAAUCUGCCAUCGGCGCUAAUGGCAAAACGGGUAGUGCGCCAGAUCCAAAUGCCGUGUGGAAUAAGAAUAGACCUGUCCCACCUCCCGAGCCGAAAAAGUAUACCGACGAGGAACUAAAGAAAUACGGAAUUCACAUGGCGACCCGUCUCCAACCCGAAGAUACCAAAGGUCAGGCGAAUUGGGCCGACAUUGACGAUGACGACGAAGAUUGGGCGCCGGAGACCAUCACAUGGAAGGAUGGCACUAAGAUUGCUAUCCCACAUACCGAAGAGCAUCCCCCGGCACCCCCCGUGCCAGCGCCCGAACCGGAACCCGUUCCAAAACCUGUCGAAGUCGUCAAGGAAACUGUGGCUGCAGAAAAACCGAAAUCACCUGCCCCAGGCCACGCGUCUGUCAUUAAGCCUGGAGUUCUGGGGUCUGGAAAGGGUCUUGUUCUCAAGGGUGCCGCCGAGAAGCCCACCCUCGUAGCAAAACCUCCUCCCCCGCCGGCGCCUGUCAAGUCACCCUGGGCACCGAUACCAAAGGUCGAAAAAGUGUCUCCUAUGGUCGUUGAACCGCCGCCUCCGAGUCACCAUGCACCGAGAUAUCCCCCGAGAGAUGGGCCGACUCAAUAUGCCGGCUUUCCUCCUGCGGGACCGAAGGAAAUUGCCGCGGAUGAUUUCAGCAGAGGACCAUGGAGAGACGGGCCUGGUGGUGGUGGCAACAGAGAACUAUAUAAUUCACAUUCUGGACGCUACGAGCCUGUUCAGGAGCGCCGCGGAUCGAUGCGCCCAGAGCCGCAGUACGGCAGACAGCCUUCUGUCUUGCAACGCCCUGCCCACAACGAUCACCACGGCCCGGCCGAACCUUCUGCCGCAUUCCAAACACAUAGGACUAGCGACCAACAUGUGCCAUACGGCCGUAGGCGCGCCUCGUCCAAUGUUAGUGGUGUUAGCAGCGGCUUCUUGAAUCGUGCCAAGGGCUUCGAGCAGCCAUUGCAUCCCCCUGAGAUUCUCAAUGCUAGACGUGAAUCGAUGACAGCCGGUAGUGAUGGCCCUGGGUCACCGAGGAAUUUCUCGCCUUCUGGCUUACAGCACGGUCCCCAUCAUCCUCACCCGCACAACCAGGGUUGGCCACCGCGGGUUUCUCCAGCCGUGGGUCACGCAGCACCGGUGCCGCAUCAUCACGCUCCCGAUAUGGUUGGGGUGCCCCCAGUUGGUCCGCCGCCUGUUCAGGAACAAGUACCUUUGGUCACGGACCAAGAAAUUGAGCUUCAGAAGAGGUUGAUGCGUGAGAAGGUCGAGGCUGCCAGGAAACGGCGCAUGGAAGAAGAAGAGCGCGAGAAGGCAGCUCGCGAGGAGCGUAUCCGGCUCAAGUUGCAGGCGCUGGGCCCUGCCCCAGAAUCUAACAGUGCCAAGAAGGCUGCAGCGAAGGAGCAUCCCGCUUCUACAACGGAAGGUGCACCCCAGACAGGCACAACUGACGAACAAAAGGCCACCGAGCAGGCCGAGGUCAAGACACCCACUACCACUCACCCCGAAAAAGUUGAACAGCAACCGAACGGAGUCCCUCCACAAAUUCUGCCGGAUUCUGAGCCCCUCGAAAACCGUCAACCUCACGGAAGCAAUACCCAACAGCCCCUUUGGUCUAGCAGCGCUAAGCAACAAGGGCGAUACACAGCUACUUGGGGCUCGCAGACCUCAACCAAGAACGUCUGGGGUCCUCCUACCAAUAACCGUACUCUAGGAAACGGCACCUUCAACCCGGACCUAGGCACAUCACCCCCUCGGGUCUCGAACAAGCCUGGACCCGGUCCGAUUGCACCUCCAAGCCGGAACACCAUGGGCUCCAAGACCAAUCUGUUCCCCGACGGUGCUCCCGCUCGGCUGCCGCCGAUUGCCCCGCCUAAUCACUCCAACGCACCUACUGGCACUCUGUCUGCAAGUGAACGACAAGCCAAGGCGAACCAAUGGGUCAGUGCUGCGCGUCUCAACGACGAGGCUUUCGAGGCCAUGCUCAAGGACAGAUUUGCUGAGCAGGAUCGCCGCCGGGCUGAGAAGGGCCUCACGGUAGAGGACAUCCAGCCUGCUGUCAAGGAUGUUUGGCGUCCGACCAAGCUUGACGAAAACGGUAUGAGAAUCGAGGCUGGCCCCCGACAAACCGUCCGGGUUGGGAAGGAGAACCCUUGGGUUGCCACUCAGGCUUCUCAGCCGACACAACCCCCGGCCGCGAAUACAUCUAUACUCGGUAAUGCCGGUGCAGCACCGCGGACCUCAUCUAGGUUCUUCCCUAGCCGCCAACAGAGCAUCGCUGCUGCGGAAUACCAGCGUCCUCACUCUCCCUCACCCCCUCCUCCGGAUACAGAGACAACUGGGCACCCCGCUUUUGACGGCGAUGUCAAGCACCCCAAUGUUUGCAUUCCUACACCUAGGCCCCAGGUUCGCCUACCACCUCCCUCUCAGGCGAGAGAGGAACCAAAGGUACAACUUCCUGAGGCUUCUAAGCCGCAAGGCCCGUCCUUCUCGUGGGCUAACACAGUCGCGUAUAAGGGCGAGGAGCGUGCACCAGCAUCUAACCCGGGUAGCCCGUGGCAAGCUCGGAUUGAUAACCUUCUCGGCGCGCGCAAGCCGUCCCACCCGCAACAGAAGCCAGCUCCGGGAGUUGACUCGACGAGCCGCGCUGCCUAUGAGCACCCGGAGGCGUCUGUUACGGUGUCGCUUACCGCCGCUAUGAUCGCCGAAGCGUCUGCUACAACGAAAGACAUGGAUGAGGAUUGCUUUGAGGAGCAGGAGAUGGGUUCCUUGCCUACGGUCCGGAUUCCUACUGAGCUUCCGGAGAUGGCCUGGUCGCCUACACCCGCACUGGCACCCAAGCCUCUUCAUCGGAAGUUCUUCCCCCUAACGACCAGCGCCGAGCCUAUCCGCAUCGACACCAGCUCGAACGGAAUCGGCAGCGUCAUUCGCAUUGCCUUCCCCGGGACCGACCGACAUCCGCCCUUCGUCACCGCCGUGACCAUCCCUUUCAGCAGGACACGCAGCAACCCCCGUCGUGGCGGCGGUGCACCGCGUGGCGGCCGUCAUCCCACAGCCCCGCACAGCCAGCGCGGCAUGCCUGGAGGUCGCGGCAGCGGUAGGGACGCUUCUUCCCCGAAUGACCAGGGAUCUACCGGUCCUCCUACCGGACCUAAUGGGUCACACCAGCAGACUAGGGGCAGAGGUGGAUACAGGGGGAGGGAUAGUGCCUGGUCGAGGAGUGCGCCAACCGCUAUUCAGACUUCCUAGAAUGGGGUCCGGUUGCUUAC